CGCGCGCGCCGGUGUGAACGCCUGCUUAACGCGGAGCUCUGCUCUCGGCAUUUCGAUCCGUCCAUCCGCGAGAGUGGCACGCUCGCUCCGUUCCCAUCCUCGGCCUCUCGCCGCAGUAUCUACCUGUUGCUCGAGCGACGAAGACUGCGUUCUAUCUACCUGGCAGCCGACACUUCUCUUCGCUCGUGACCUCGUGCAUUCUUUUUGUGUGCUUUCUUUUGCUGUUUCCCGCUUCGUACGGCGCGACGUGUUUUCGCGCACGUGGCGGCGAGCAUCGCCGAACCUGUCACUAACUCGAUACGCGAUCACGACACACGCAAGAUAAGAAGCAGCAGCUGCAUUUCGUUAUCUUCGUUAUCGCGGCCGGGCGAGUCCGAUGCGCGAGCAUGUGUCUCUGCUCGUUAGGAGUGUCUCGAAUACCUUUGACCUCUUUGUUCUUUUAUAUCUUCGUGGUACGUAUCUACGUUACUUUUGUCUCGACGUCGCCUUCGAGUGGUCGUCAACAGUGGCUCGAAGCACUCGGAAGCGUCUCGUCGUGGUAGUCUGCUCGUAAUCACUGCGAUUAGUCGAUUUACAUACUAUUUCCGUUGAAAGUUUACGUCACGUGCGAGUGUAUCUGAACCGAUGCUGUCGUUUCACGCAGCGAGCUGCGGGCAGUCGUUGCUACCAUGUCACGUGGCCGUGACACCGUAAUCGUCGCGAAGAAACGGAUUUCCUCGGAGAACGACGUGAUUUUACGUGCUCCUAUUCGAGCGCGACGCGAUAAUCGGCGGAAAUUCACCUGGUCGAGGUGAUACGCGAGCGUAUCGAGCACGACUAUGUGUGCGUGUGCGUGUGCGUGUCCGCCGCGAGAGAGUGAUCUACGCUGAAGAACGAGCGGAUUGUUCGCCGUGAUAUACCGGGUGGCGGAUAAGAUCGUGAAGAUCGAUCACGCGAUUUCGUCCAAGGGUGAGAGUGGAAACACGCACCACGACGGACCUAGUGCCGCAACUGUUGGGCCUGUUCGACGAGCUGGCGCGUCGACGGGAUGGCGAGCACGCGGUCUUAACGUCGUCCUGCGGGAUCCCAGCGGCCUUACAGAAGCGGCUGAGCCUCGUACCGGCAACUCAUCGGAGCUCCAUAUUCGGUCAGCUCUGCAGCAACAGCGACUUAGCCAAGCCCGCGCAUCAAGGGGACUCGAGGAACGACGGCAAAGAGGAGCCUACGGCUACGACCGACAACAUCAUGCUGGAGACGGUCGUUUCAAAAUCCGUGCCGUCGCUGGAGGACGAACGUAACGGCGGGGGAUCCACCGAAGAAAAGCAGUCUUACAGGCGAGAGAGCAACAGUCUCACCCCGCUUAGGUACAACAGACGCUGCAGGAACAGUGCAGGAAGGCCGCUUUCUGGAAGCUCCAUCGCGUCCAGCACGUCCUCCAGUAGCUGCAGCAAUCAAGGUAACACGUGCACCGUUAAUCCCUAUUUGGCGUCCGUCGAAUCCCUCGCCGAUACCUGUGCCAGUUCCCAAGGUUCCGCUGAUAGCGGAGUCGUGACAGUCUCGGAAGCCGGUUGCCGAAUCUUGAACGAUGACAAUGGUCAGAGGAGGGACAGCGCCGAGGAGGAUCCUGCGUGCCACAGGCCGCGUUACUGCGAUCCCCAUCGCAACCCGGUCGAGAUGGUACUCCUGGAGAUCGUGGACACGGAGGCGAUAUACGUUGAGCAUCUGCGCCAAGUUAUUCAGGGUUACCUGAUAUUCUGGCGGGACGACCCUACGUCAUUCGCGCGGCAAUUGCACCUCGGCGAUUUAUUUAGCAAUAUUGAAGAUAUCUUCAAGUUCAAUAGGGAAUUUUUACGAGAACUCGAGAAAUGCGGCUUAGAUCCCGUUUACGUGGCGGAUACGUUUCUUCAGCACAUAUCAGGAUUUAAUGUGUACACCGAGUACUGCACCAAUUAUCCGAGGGCAGUCUCCGUGCUGACCGAUCUAAUGGGCCAGGAGGAAACCGCAUCCGCUUUUCGUGAACGGCAAACCGCCCUGGGGCACGCGCUACCGCUCGGGUCGUUUCUCUUGAAGCCCGUCCAAAGGAUUCUCAAGUAUCACCUGCUUCUGAAGAACUUAUCGAAGGAGUAUGGCGCCGAUUGUGAUUCGAGAGAGAACGAGGCUGAAGGCAGAAGUGCCAUCGAGGCUGCUCUCGCCGCGAUGACUGGCAUAGCGAAGGACAUCAAUGCCAUGAAGAGGCGGCACGAGCACGCCGUACGCGUUCAAGAAAUUCAAUCACUUUUGUACGGUUGGUUGGGACCAGACCUAACUACAAGUGGAGAGUUGGUUGCUGAGGGCCGAUUCAGGAUGCGAGGAGCCAAGGUGCCGAGACACGCCUUCCUUUUCGACCGAAUGCUUCUGCUCACGAAGAAAAGGGAGGAUGGCUUACUCGUGUACAAAGCUCAUAUUAUGUGUUCAAACCUGAUGCUUAUCGAAAGUAUCCCAGGGGAGCCACUUAGUUUUCACGUAAUACCUUUCGACAAUCCUCGAUUGCAGUACACAUUACAAGCGCGCAACUUGGAACAAAAGAGAGAAUGGACUCUGCAGAUUAAGAGAGUAAUUUUAGAGAAUUAUAACGCAGUGAUUCCUUCGCACGCGAGACAAUUGGUGUUGCAACUAGGUCAGACGCAACAAGAAGAUGACGCUUUGGCGGACAAAGGUUCGGCGAAAAAAUAUUCCGCGCCUCCGGAGUACCUAGAGAAACGUAAGCAGGAACGGGACAGACGCAGAUCCGAAACUGGUCUCAGGCAAAAGUUCAAAAAAGGCUCCAGAAAAUCAGAUACCGCGAUAGAGAGUUCUCCCGCAUCGUCGCGCAAGAAUGACAAUGAAAGUCGCAUCAUUAACGAUUCCAGAGAGCAAACCUUGAACAGAUCCUCGGAUGCGCGAGCUUCGAAAGUUAAGGAUCGCUUCACCGGCUGGAGACGAAAGUCCGAACCCGGCUUCCAGUCGUACGUGUGUCUCAAUCACUCCGACGAGGAGGAGAGGCAGAAGGGAGAGACUGGCGCGGAUGUUGAGUCCACUACGGCCGAGACCGCCGAGGAAGCAGUCGAGGUUCGUUCGAGCGAGGAGGAGCAGCAGCAACAGCAGCAGCAACAGCAGCAACAGCAGCAGCAGCAGCAGCAGCAAAAAACGGCGACGUUGAACACGCCACCGGUCGAAACCAAAGACAACAACAAUAGUAGCGAACAGCACCAAGCCACUGAGGCGCAAACGGUAGAGCAGAUCGUCGGCCACAUUCUCAAGCAGAACCAGGAAUUCCAGAAAUUGCUGGAGAAACAGCGGACCAAUAGCAUCAUCAAUGUGCGGCAGCAACGUUUCAACAAGCGUAUUACGGCUGACACAUCGGACGAGAGUGACGCGGAGAACUCCAGUUACAUCGCCGGCUCGACUAACCACAACCACUGCAACAAUAACAACCACGACAGCAGUAACAACAACACCAACAAUCGAUUGGGUCGCGCGCGAGCCAUUCACCGAGAACAUCGUUUGAUCCGGACGAACAACGCGUGGAACUCGUUGUCCUCGACGCGGGAGAAUCCGCCGCUGCAGUUGCUCUACGACAAUCUGAAGACCAGCCAAAAGUCGAGCGAGUUGUCGACCUUGACGCGCAACGCCAAGACGAACCACGUGCACGAGAAGCGGGCGCUCUUCGAGGCGUUCAAACGGCAAAGCAUUGUCACCGACAGCAAGGUGAUCAAAACAGCGCUGCGAAUCCGCGAGAACUCAACGUCGAGCAGCAACAGCAAUGACGUCACGGAGUUAUUGUCGUCCACGGUGACGACGUGCGAUUCGAACCACGCGUCGCGUCUGGAACAACGGAAGGAACUGAAUUCCCCGGCGGUCACGCACGCGGAGCGUUGCAACGACAAGAGCGAGGACAACGACGCGUCACGCGACGUCGAUUCCAAGGGCUUCGGCAACUACGACAACCUGCAGCACGUCUGGGAAGGUCUGCAAACGGAGAAGGACAUCGACGGUAACGACAGUCCGACGCAGCCGGCCGUUUGGCUGACCAAACUGUGCGAAGGACUGCCGACCUCACCGCCCAAAUGCGGCUCGUUGCCCCGCAGUUUCCAAAUCAGCCCGAAUUCGCAGCAGCCGAGCGUGACAAAGUCGCGCUUUCUGCAACGCGACGGUAAACCGAUGAGCGAGCGGCCGUUCACGAUCGCGUCCGACAAGCCGGCCGAGAUUAAUCUCGAGGACAUGGAGAGGUACGCGUCUACCUGCCAACCCGAGGGCAGGAUCGCCAAGUUCCCGAUGCCCGCCUCGACGAGCUCCUCCAGCUCGUCGACUUUCUUCUGCUCAUUGGAGGACGCAGCGCUGAGCGACGCUUACUCAGACAUGCGCGUGUCCGCGAGCGGCGCGAGCAUUCACCCGGACCACAAGAUCUACCGGGCGAACGGCGGCAGCGCGAUCAUCAGGAGCGUCUUCUCCAAGGCGGGCAGUCGUCUGCAGGGUCUUAGGAACACCAUGAGCACGGAGACGCUCGAAUGCAGCGACGAGUUCGACCGUACGCGUUACUUCCCGUCCUUGAGCGUCGGCAAGUGCCAGCUGAAAAGGCGGAGCAAGUCGAAGCACAUCAAAGACUCAUCCUCGGACGUGGAGGAGCUGGUCGGUUGCACGAGCGCCGGUCUCUCGGACCAGCGGGUGCCUCUGCUUUAUUACAAGCAGGGUAGCUCCAGCUUGGGCGCCAGGAUCGCGCAGUCCGACUACGCCGAUCCUGCGAUCCUGUUCGCCGAAAACAAGCGCAAUCAGCAGAUUUCUUCCGGCGCUCAUCAUCAGUCGAAGAAAAGCGAAUCGGACAGAAGGGAACGCGAAGAGGAGGAGCCGUGCGACGACAACAAGGAACGUCGCGAGAGCGAGACCGACAGCUUCUACGAGAGAUGCUUCGAGACUAUCGAGAAUUACGUUGAUGCCGACGUGGACGAGGCGUUCCGGGACAGUGCAAUAUUCAGCGACGUCGACGAGGUGUUCGUGGCGCAGCAGCCGUCGCCGACCGCGACGACACAGAAGACGAAGGUCGCGCCGCCGAUCCCCGUCAAGAGGAAACAAGAGACGACGACUUCUUUAACGUCGAGGUACAAGCCGAACGUGGCGCAGAAACCGGAUUAUUUGAGAAUCAAGUCAGUGCUCGCGAAGGAGAGCGUCGUCGCUGAGCCGGAGUUCGUCCUCGGCAACGUCACCGCGAGAUUAUCCCCGGCGAACGGCUACCAGUCGCUGACUGGCAGUCCGCGAGGCGCGUGCAGCCGGGACACGGCCGAGACGAACGGGGACGACGUCUCUGCGGGGCAGAGCCAGGCGGGCUGGGUACGGAAGAUAGUAGGUCAAUUGCAAGGUCACGUAGAGACGUGAUUUUAUGAGUUAAGCAAAACGCAUACUCGAGAACAAGUAGACGCGGCGUUUGGGAAUGGAAAUCGAUUAAAACUUUUCAACCUGAUUCUAACAUGCAACGAGCUAUUUGUAGUCUAGCUCGCUGUAGGCUCAGGGCACUUCAAGGCACCUUGUGCGAUUUAAAGACGCAAAGGAUGGAGUCCGUUGAAUCGGAAUCGACGGACAGAAAGAGUUCUCCGCUCAAAUUUCGCAUAUCCCGCCGACGCAUGAGUUGGACACGCUCGCGCUCCGUUUGAUCAUUAAUCACUAUGUCAGAAAGAGAAGUCAGGGAACUGGACGUUGUUUGGCGCUUGGAAGUUUCCCCACGCGCACCUGUGGAAUAUCGUUUAACAAUGUAACGUGAUAAUGUUUAACUUUGGUUUCGUACCGCCCUUGGUGGCGACGUGCGCGCGAAGGAGAUUGCCACGUGUUCUAUAUCAUAGGAGCAUAAGGAAUCACACUCCAAGUUCUCAUAUUUGACACUUAUCGCCUAUAGACUGUUGAUGUAUAUUAUAAGUAUUGUUUGAUAUUACGUAUAUUAUACAUAUAGAGAAUACACGGAGAAAAUUUUUAAUUAAUUAUAUAGAAGCAUUUGCGAGAGAAGCCAUAGAACAGAAUUGUUUAAUUGAGAAAGGGGCUAGAUUGAGACGCACGUGGACAAUACGAGCCUGCAAGUUCGGUAU